AUGUCCUUUCAUUUUUUCCGAAAUGGGGAGUUUGUUCCAACUCUGGCUGUGUGCAUCUUAUUCGAUGAAACAAAUGCGGCUUUUGCAUCAUCCCCAUGCGUCGGUCCGGCUGGGUUUAUGUCGGCCACGCAAAAACAACUAGAGUCUACGCGGCGUGAUACGGGGGAAUGGGUUCAUGAUUCUCUCAAAUAUGAAAUGCAUCAAAAACACUCAUACUUCAUCAACGUUCGGGUUGAUCAAUCUGGAGUGCACGAUAUUGCCACUUGCGGGGUGGCCAUCUUUCCCCGUCUAAUUUGCCAUGAAGCCCAUCCCUUCUCCCAGCAGCAGCUCUUUGGCGACCAAGGUCCUUCAUCGGAGAUAUCCAUGGAGAAACUUUCUGACCGAACUAUCACCACGAACACCACGACUGGGACCACGAAAACAUGCCAGUUCCAUGCCCGCGCAAUCCCCAUUUACAUUCCCAUCUAUAUAUUCCCAGCUCGCAAGGGUCAUUAUUCCCAGACCAACAGCGUCUACGCCCACUAG